AGCUCAGAUUUACAGUGCAAACAAUUGAGAUACUCUAAAAUUAAGACAGGGCUAUAAACUCAUUUUAAAGGUACAAACAGAAAAUUUAAGUUUUUAUUUUUAUUAACAAGGAAUAUUAUUAUUCAGCUACCUAAUGUAUAAAAAGCUACAGGAAGACAGCAAUGAGCAGUUUGUGACGAUUUAAUGGGACCUUCCCCUUUAAAUUAUGGGGUGCGUUCCAUUCAAAAGUGUUAAAGUAAUCCCUUCGAAGACUUUACAAUCUACUGUAAGAGCUUAAGAGCAAUGAAAGGUGUGCGGCUCAAAAAAGGGUCAUUCUGAAAUUCAUUUUGAAGCGAUCUUCCAAUAUGGCUAUCAUGAUUGUUCUCCCUUCAGAGUGCCCUUAUGAGGGUCCCUUUGUCUGUAACGUCACUUCCAUAGCGGAAGAAAAUAUGACCGUCCUCUUCUUGCUUUAAGCUGAGCGUCUUUAUCGAUGCAGAAUGAGUGAAUAUCGUUUCUUUUGAUGUAUUUCCCCGCUGAUGGUGUGGUUUCCCGAAUAGAAUUAAUUCUGUCGUGCACUUGACGUCUAUGUCCAAUGGGAUAAAUUGUUGCGAAGCAGAUACGGGAAAAUUUCCAACAAAAAAUACAAAAGCCUUGAUGAAUGAAGGUACACCCAACAGCACCAGUAUGGAUUUUUUUAUAGAGUCUGUUACAGAGAAGAUGAGUGAUCCUGAACCUCACAGAGUGAAGCAUGAAGAUACUGAGGAACAAAGAGACCUCAUGGAAGUGACAGAAGAAAGUGAAGAACCCAGUGCAGUGGACAAGACGAAGGCCAAAAAAUCUUUUACCUGCCAUCUAUGUGGAAAGAGCUCAGGGCGUAAAAACUUUCAUAGGCACAUGAGAAUCCACGCUGGAGAGAGGCUGCACACAUGCUAUCAGUGUGAAAAGAGUUUCAAACGAAAAGAACACCUUAUGAAGCACAUUCAGCUUCACACUGGAGAGAAACCACACACAUGCCAUCAGUGCGGAAAGAGUUACAUACGAAAAGAAGAGCUGACGAAGCACAUAAGAAUCCACACUGGAGAGAAACCUUUCACUUGCCAUCAGUGCGGAAAGAGUUUCACAGAAAAUAGAGGCCUUACAGAUCACAUAAAAAACCACACUGGAGAGAAGCCUUACACAUGUAAUCAGUGUGGAAAUGGUUAUGUUAGUAAAGGAUGCCUUAAGGAUCACAUGAAAACCCACUCUGGAGAGAAGCCUUUUACAUGUGAUCAGUGUGGAAAGAGUUUUUUACGGCUGAAGGGGUUGAAACAACACCAGAAAAUACACACCGCUGUGAAAAAUUAUGUGUGUUUUGAGUGUGCAAAGUCUUUUACUGCCGCCGGCGAUUUGGAAAAGCACGAGAGAAUUCACACCGGAGUAAAACCUUACAAGUGUUCACACUGUGACAAGAGAUUCACUCAGUCAGGACAACUGAAAAAACAUGAGACAAUCCACACUAGAGACAAGUUCAUGUGGGAGAUGUUCCAUCAAACCAUGUCAUCUAAUGAUUCAUAUGAAAAAGAAAUAUGUAAAUCUGUUACAGACAAGAUGAGUGGUCCAGAACCUCACAGAAUAAAGCAUGAAGAUACUGAGGAACAAAGAGACCUGAUGACAGAAGAAAGUGAAGAAACGAAUCUAUUGAAGACAUUAAAAAGAACUGGAGCCAAAAAAUCUUUGACCUGUCCUCUGUGUGGAAAGAGUUCAACAUGUAAAGGAAACUUUAAUAGGCACAUGAGAAUCCACACCGGAAAGAAACAACACACAUGUGAUCAAUGUGGAAAGAGUUUCACACGAAGAGAAACCUUUCAGAGUCACAUCAGAGUUCACACUGGAGAGAAGCCGCACACUUGCCGUCAGUGCGGAAAGAGUUUCACACAUAAAGAUAACCUUAAGAGACACAUGCGAAUCCACACGGGAGAGAAACCGCACACAUGUGAUCAGUGCGGAAAGAGUUUCAUACAAAAAGAAACCCUUAAGAACCACAUGCGAAUCCACACUGGAGAGAAACCACACACAUGUGAUCAAUGUGGAAAGAGUUUCACACGAAGAGAAACCUUUCAGAGUCACAUCAGAAUUCACACUGGAGAGAAGCCGCACACUUGCCAUCAGUGCGGAAAGAGUUUCACACAUAAAGAAAACCUUAAGGGACACAUGCAAAUUCACACUGGAGAGAAACCUUUCACGUGCCAUCAGUGCGGAGAGAGAUUCACAGAAAAAAGAGUCCUUAUGAAUCAUAUCGAAAAUCACACUGGAGAGAAACCGCACACAUGUGAUCAGUGUGGAAAGAGUUUUUCACAGCUAGUUAGCAUGAAACAACACCAGAAAAUACACACCGGUGUGAAAAAUUAUAUGUGCUUUGAGUGUGAGAAGACUUUUACUACAGGCGGCGAUUUGAAAAAGCAUCAGAGAAUUCACAGUGGAGAAAAACCUUACAUGUGUUCACACUGUGACAAGAGAUUCACUCAGUCGGCUAAUCUGAAAAUACAUGAGAUGAUCCACACUGGAGAGAAGCCGUACCACUGCCAUCCAUGUGGGAAGAGUUUCAUCCGAGCAAGUUAUCUAAUGGAUCAUAUGACAAAGAAUCAUCCAGAGUAAAUUAUGAGAUUCAGAUGAACUCAUGAACAGAUCGAGUUGUUACUAACAAGUGUGUUACUGAAGGGCACUCAAAAUAAAAAUGGUUUUUUGCUGCACUUUCAAUUUAAUUAAUUAAAAUGAACUAAAUCAACACAAUUCUAGAACAUUUUGUCACAACUUUGCGUUGCUUAUUGCUUGCGUUUCAUCCAUUUCAAUUUGUAAAAUGGAAGUUUACGUAAUCCAUUUGAGUUGGGUAUACAUGAAUACGUUUUGUGGUGUAAAUGUAGCAUUGAUGAAACUGGGCAGAGGAUUUCUAGUUCCCAGCAUGUUUUACACUGGACUUAAUAGGGAGAGUAAAUGCUAAAAUGAAGGGUUGUUUUGUGUUUAUGUGCAAGAUGAAUAUAAAGGGAUUACUUGUUAGUUAUUAAUGUUUUGUUAUGUUGAGAUUUAGAAGAGUUUCUGUUAUGUUAGAGUUUUGCUGGUUACCAUUAUGGUGAAGAGUGGAGCUUGAGUUUAGGAUGAGGACAGGUAGAUGUUGCAUAUACUUUCAUUUUUGAGCAAUUGCUGCUAACCAUAACAUAGUUACCAAGCUGCUCUCUGUAGUGCUUCCCACCAAGAUGCAUUUAGCAUGCAAAUAUGCAUUAUAACUAGCCAGUAUAUAAAGAAAUGAAAAUAAUAAUAAUUUGAGUUAUUUUUACAUGUUUAAUUUUGUUGUGUUUACACAAAGUAGGUUCCCGCUACAGGAUAUAUUUGAGUUGAGAUUACAUAGUAAUUUAAGUUAAGAAAAUUCAUUUCAAACAUGUGCAACCACUUCCCACAGUUAAGUCAAGUUAAGCCAAAUAGUUGUUGUUUUUUUGACUGCACAAUAUAUGUCAUGUUUUUAUUUAAUUGCCACUAUUUUGUUGUUUAUAGUUGUACAGUAUAUUAAAUUAAACACAAAAUAGGAUCAAAAGAGAUCAAAGGUUCAAAAGGUACACAAGUUGUUUUUUUUUUCACAUCACAUGAAGAAAUUGUACAAAUGUAUGAAAUGAUGUACACUCUCAUGAGAUGAAGACUGCAGACAUAAAAUGUAAUAAACCUUGUUUUAUUCUA